AUGGCAUUCGACAACGUUUUGACUCGUAAACAGGAUACUGAUGACGGUGUAAGUGUUACUAAUGGUUCGACGCCUGAAACAUAUAAAUCGGAGGAUAAUGGAGACGUAAUCGAAGCGACUAAGAAUAUAGGAGAGAACAUUAGUUUUAUAAUCAGUACUCAAAUGAAAAAUCAUUUUUUGGGGAAAACUCACAACACUUGUCAAUCGUUCUCUGAUUAUCCUUUAUGUAUUGAGCUUUUCUGUUUAGUAAGAGAGAUUUUAAAGCGUGUUGUAGAUUCAUGUUUAACAAACAUGACUUGCCAUAAAGGUAAAACAAACGAUCUUCUUCAUGAUAGUAAACGUGAAACCGCUGUGCCAAUUCAGAAAACGAUGUCUACUUUUGAUUGGAGAAAGAAAGAAACAAAAGAAGUUUUGGAGACCCUUUCCUCAAAGCAAAGUGAAAUAAUUCUAGCGACAGAAAAAAAAUUAAACGAAACAGAAAGUGAACUGAAAACGUUUUCUGAUUCACUGAGAAAGUUUCAACAUACAAUAAAGAUGUUGGAUCAGAAAACAAUGGUCGAAACAUGGCAAAAGAGGGAAGUUAUAGAGGACAGAACAUUGGAAAAGUAUCAAUCUGUUCUCCGAUACAUUGCUGGAGUGAAGAAUGAGAAGCCCUUUGUAAAGGUAUAUUUGAAAUACGAAGACAAAACAGCUAUGGAUGUUUUUGAAAAGCACCCACUUCUAAAAGAUACGCUAGUUGAGUUUGUUAAUAUUACUACUUUGGCGAAAGAAAAUAAAAACAUUCCAAAGACUGUAAACAACACUAAGAUUGCAAUGUGCAAAGACGUAAGAGAUAAAUUAAACAAAAUUAUAAGCAGUCGUGCUGAAAUUAUAUAUGCUAACUACUCAAACGUUGUUGGGAUGGGGAUAAGUGACGUUAGAUUCGAAGGAGAUAAAAUGUUUGAAGAGCCAUGCAUUGUUGUGCAUUGUUUAGACAAAACCCUGAUACCAUAUGGAGAAAAACAGUUACCUUUGAGUAUUGACGGUUAUCCAUGUGAUAUAAGGGAGAGCAUAUUUAUGUUUGGAUCAUGUGUUGAUUGUCGAAACAGAUACCCAGAUCCAGGAUGUAGCAUAAGUAGGCCAUACGAAAAAGAUAUCGGCUCCGCCGGGUUUCUGGUCAAAAAUACGACGACCACUGGUUUUUUAACGGCUGCACAUGUGGCAAUGGAAGACCUCGAAGAUUUAUACAAUUCAGAGUUGUAUUUAUCAGAAUGCAAGAAACGUGCAAGUUCAGAUUAUGAUUUUGCAAGGAAGCAACACAACAUUGUUCACCCGGCAUGGCUACAAAACGAAGAAAAUAUUGUUAUAGGAGAAGUCAGAGAAUCCUUUAUUGGAAAUUGUAGCGACAAAAUAGGCAUUGAUGCAGCAUUUGUUAAAACCAGUGAAGAAAGACUUGGGGAAAAAAAUGAAAUGAAAAUAGCAGAAGAAGACAGUCUCACAGUUGAUGGAGAAACACGUGUUACAAAGAGGGGCCAAACGACACAUAUAACGUAUGGGAAAUUAGUCGAAACAAACUUUACAAUAACAAUCCCUAAAACUUCAAGAAAGGAACGGUAUUAUUUUAUCAAUUGUUAUAGAAUUGAAAAUGAAGAUGACAAAAAGUCAUUUUUUGAACCUGGGGAUUCUGGUUCAGGAGUUUUCAUGAUUGAUAAAGACAACGGUCAAUUUAAACCUUUGGGGAUUGCAUUUGCAUCCGAUCCCAUUACCAAAAGCACAGUUGUUUGCAAAAUCGAACCCAUUAUCAGAGCUUUCAAAUUGUCUUUGUAUAAAGAAGACGACGUAAUGGAUGAGGGUUAA